AAUUCACCUAAGGCUCAAAGUCUCCAAACCUAGCAGUAACUGAGCAAGUCGCAAUCUAUUUUAUUCAGCUUGCCAGAAAAAAGGCGAUUGCAAACAAACAGUCUUCCCAAAUCCAAAUAUGCCUGUAAACUGCCCAAUAAACACUGGCCACUAGAGACAAAGGGACCAGCUAUUUACACAAGCUAACGACAUUGGACUUGGCUGCGGGAUUAGUUGUACUGAAUACGAGCAAUGGGUGAAUCAAAGAAGCGUAGCUCGAUCGAGGAUACAGGGGGCGCUAAUUACGAAUCCGUCCCUUUGAAUAACUCGGAAGACAUCAGUGGUUCUGCAACCUGCCUACCAGCCUGCCGUGAUCCAAGAAGUCUUAAAAAAGGUGAAGAGGAUGCGGCUAGGGGCAGUGUCUGCGAAAGAACUAAGGGCUGGUUCACUCAGUUCCCUAAAGCAACAUGGCCUAUUUUGGUGGCUGAGUUCGGAGAGCGUUUCUCAUACUAUGGAAUCAAAACUGUCCUGGUGCUGUACCUGACCAAGGACCUGAUGUUCAACAAGGACAAGGGGAAAGCGAUCUACCACGCCUUCAGCAUGGUCAGUUACUUCACUGGCGUUAUUGGCGCCAUGAUGGCCGACAGCUUCCUCGGCAAAUACAAGACUAUCGCCUACACUCUCUUCGUUUACUGCCUUUCGGAGAUUCUGCUAACCGCAACGAGCGCAGACGACAUCGGCCAGAGAUCAUCUAUCGGUCCUCUGAUUGGUCUUUUCCUGAUGGCUAUUGCAUGUGGUAACAUCAAGCCCUGUCUGGCUGCGUUUGGCGGAGAUCAGUUCAAAGUAGAGCAGAGUCAUCUUCUUGAGCUGUUCUUCGCCAUGUUUUACGCGUCCGUCAACGUUGGCGCUGUGCUCUGCAUGUACUUUAUCCCCAUCGUGAGGACGGACGUGCAGUGCUACGGCAGGGAUUGCUAUCCAGCGGUCUUUGGCAUCAACACGGUCAUGAUCAUUGUCUCCUUCCUUGCAUUUAUCGGCGGCAAGAAGCUUUAUACGAUUAAGAAACCCGCGGGAAACGUAUUGAUCCAAGUGUUCAAGGUCAUCGGGCAUGCUCUUGGUAACAAAAUCAGCAAAACUGGACCCCAGAAUGUAACACACUGGCUGGACAAUGCUCUGGAUAAGUACAGCGAACGUGAAGUCAAAGAUGUUAGAAUGCUGCUGCGCGUGCUCACCAUGUAUAUACCGCUGCCUGUGUUCUGGGCCCUGUUUCAUCAACAGGGAUCGAGCUGGACUUUGCAGGCCGAGCAAAUGGAUGGUGACUUGGGAUCUUUAGGAACACUACGCUCAGACCAGAUGCAGGCUCUCAACCCUAUCCUCGUGUUGAUUCUGAUUCCAUUUUAUGACAUCAUUGUCUACCCAUUGUUUGAACGAUGCCAGAUGCCCCUCAGCUCGCUGAAGAAGAUGACAGGGGGACUGCUGCUGACUGCAGUCGCGUUUAUCAUCUGCGCCUUUUUGCAAAUCAGGAUUCAAACAGUCGGAGCCGGUCCCAGUCUCCCUCCUGCUGGACACGCUAGCCUCGAGUUUAUCAACGCAGCACCUUGUGACGUGUCCAUCAACCCUGCCUCCUUCUUUAGAGUGGACCUUAAGUAUGGCCAGAGGUCGGCGGUGGUGGAGGGUCAGUCUGGUCCACGUGUGUUCGAUAUCGUCGCCAAUGGUUGUGCCAACGUGUCCAACACCAAACUUAGCAUGUACCUCAACGAAUCAAAAGUCUUCAGUGGCGUGGUGGCUAUUCAAAACAAGAAAAUCACGCUUGUCAAGCGCCUCGUGGAUAUCCCUGAUGUGGAUAUCGAGACUGCUGUCAGCCGCGUCAGGUUCCUGUACGCUCCCGACGGUGAGCUUCCUAGGCUUGUGAAUGUACACCUUCUUAAUGUUGUGGACGUGAAGAAAUCCACCACACUGAUGAACGUGUCUUCGAGUGACUCUGCCUACAGAAUGAUACACACUGGCGAGUACAAGAUCACUGAGAUGACAGACGCACUUAACAGCAGUAUUAUCAUAAGGCCGGCGAGUACUCCAAAGAUGAAGUUUGCAAACUUCGGUGCGUUCACGGUCAUGAUUCAUCCGGGCAAGGGGCAAGCCGGCAAAAACGAGUUCGACGUGUCGCUCCACCAGGACGCCGAGGGCACGGUCGUGUCUCGUCUUCUGCAGAUCCCCCAGUAUGUCGUCAUCACCGCGGCAGAGGUCAUGUUCUCUGUCACCGGCCUAGGAUUCGCCUACUCACAGGCCCCCAACUCGAUGAAGUCUGUUCUGCAAUCGUUCUGGCUGCUGACCGUAGCGUUCGGUGACCUGAUCGUGGUGAUCCUGUCUAGUGCUAAGCCCGUCAAGGGAGUGGAAAAGGAGAUGUUCUUGUACGGUGGUCUGAUGGGCGUGAUAUGCAUCAUAUUUGGCAUCAUGUCCUACUUUUACACCUACGUGACACCAAAGGACUUUGAGGAAGAUGCGGACGAGGAAGAGAAGACGCUCGGAGAGGCUAACGGGAUGGUUCUUGAUGAGCGGGACAACAGCGCUGAAAACACCAAGAUAUAAGAAACAGUUCUUAUGAUGUGCUUUUCAGAACAUAAAUGAUUCUAAAAAGUU